AUGAACUUUGUUGGGAGAGUCUUUAACUCAGUUUCCGAUUUAUACAAAGAUAUUAACCCAAGUCAAUUAUGUGGGGCAAAUGACGUAAUUGUAAUUAGAACCAGAAAAGGCUUGGAAUCAACUGGAUUCUAUGCUAGAUUUGGUGAUGUCCGAUCUUUUAACAACUCGAAAGAAGUCAUUCUGACGGUCAAUGACAAGGUUGUCAAUGUUGAGACGCGUUUGGACAAAGAUGGCAAUCUCUUCUUUUCUCUGCAUAGUAGUCCGCGUUGUGAAGUUGAGAUUCUUGAUUACAGUACGGCCUCGGGCCAUCGCACUAUUAAAGGCUUAAUUGAGUCCAGUGGUAAUUAUGCUUAUUUAUUGGCUAAUCACGAAGCACUAGCUGAAGCCUUAAUUGGCCGGCGGUUUAUCUUCUCUGAGUGCUUACAUAAGCAAAUAGUCCCUCCUGGGAAAAUCAUAGAUACGUUUAAUGCCAAUCAAACCCAUAACUUUUUAGGGGGUGAUACGGUUGUAGUUGGUCUUUAUAAAACAGUAGCUAGUAAUCCUGAUUUCUUGAUGUCCUUUUCACUCUUCUCUGAGUUGUACUUCUGCUUGGAAAGAAGAGCAGCUCGAGAUGAAAGUAAGACAACCACUGGGAAGUACUUGAUCAAGCACCUACUGCGCAAACGGGCCAAGCCUAAACAGAACCAGAGUAGUACUGAGAAACAAGUCUUUCUGCCUGAAACUCAUUUACAAGAAAUGAACUUACGGCCUGGUCCUAAUAAGUGUGUUUAUCGUCUUUCAGGCACUCAUAUUGUUUUGACUUGUACUAUCUAUCUUUGGGAUGAGAAUGAUAAGAUUGUUAUUUCUGAUAUUGAUGGAACAAUUACUAAAAGUGACUUAAUUGGGUAUAUUUAUGGAGCGAUGGGCCGAGAUUGGACCCAUGCCGGUAUUGCUCCCUUAUACACUAAGAUCCAAGAGAAUGGCUACCAGAUAGUUUAUUUAUCUUCCCGACCAAUCGGACAUAUUGGACUAACUCGGGCCUACUUAGAAAGAGUAGAACAAGAUGGGGCACGUUUACCCACAGGUCCAGUUAUUCUCUUCCCAGGCCGGCUUCUUUCAGCCAUCUACCGGGAAGUAGUUAUCGGACCAGAAGAACAUAAAAUAACAAUUAUCUCAGAGAUCAAAAGCUUGUUGAAAACCGGCGAAGUCUUUGCCGGAUUUGGUAACAAAGAAAGUGACCGAACGGCUUAUGAACUCUGUGAAAUAGAUCCAGGCCGGAUUUUCAUUGUCAAUCCUCUAGGAGAGAUCUCAACCGGUAAAAAUGGCCUAGUCAAACUAACCCAUCAAACACUUCUGCAUAUGGUAGAUGGCGUCUUCCCAGCUGUAAACACUCUUAUAUGGGGAGUGCCUCAAAUGUAUCGUGGAGUAACAUGGUGGAACAGUGCUUCACCUGAGGAAUAG